AUUAUUAUUAGGUUCUACGCACCGUUAAAAAAUCUUUUCUAGGUCUGUAAACAUCCUGUAGACUCGACAUUAUCUAGGUACAUAUUUAAUUUUCCAAGAGAUUGUAAUUCACACAAUUAAUUCGAUAUUUCAAAUUCCAAAAGAAAAUUUUAAAAUAUAAACAAACGUAAGUCUGGCUAUUUUCUUUGAAUUUGGAUGACGAACUAUAUAUUACUUCAAAUAAGUAGAUGUUUAUACAAUAAAAUUGGACAAUCAACACUAUCAGCUUUCCAAUUACGUUUGGGUUCACUUUAAAUAUAACCUUUUAAAUUUGAUGAAUAAUAUUUCAUCGAAAAACACAGUAUUUAUGUAUGUACGUAUUGAGCUAAAUGUUCACUGUUCAGGUCUUUUCUAUAAAAAUGACAACGAAAAAACAUCUGCUGCUGUUACUAAUGUCUGUAUUGCCGGUGGUGACCCCCAAAAGGGAUGUGUAUUGUGAGACAGAAGUACACUACACCUAUUACCCUACAUCAGAUAUAAUUUGCAGAAAUAUCAACAUCCAGCGGAAUGAAGCAAUUGAUUUGAAAGAUCAUUCUCAAAGGACAAUUGUUGACAAAAUUCAGUUAAUCUCAGUUACCGCUGACGUUCAAAGCAGCACGCUGCAAAAUUUUCCUGCUGCUCAGCAACUGCUAAUAUUUGAUAGCACUAUAAAAAGUUUUUCACUUCAAUCGAAUAUUACCACUUUGAACGUUUCCAAUUCCAUCUUUCCAAAAAUCACCAGUGAUUCGUUGAAGGGGAAAGAUCUAUUGUCUGUCACUUUUAUGUCCAACUACGAUCUAGAAUUUGAGAAAGGCGCCUUUAAACAGUUGCAGGCUCUAAGAGAAUUGAUAAUUGUUAAUCAAACUAUACCUAGAAUACAAAGACAUCUGUUCACGGGAUUAGUAAACCUAAGAUAUUUGUGUCUAAUUGCAAGUAACAUCCAAGAAAUAGAUGAGGACGCUUUUCUAGACCUUUCUAGGCUGGAUCGGUUAUAUUUAGACGCCAAUCCCAUAAAAACGUUUAGUACAAAUUUAUGUGCGUUGACACAUCUUGAUCGGCUGUCAUUAAGCAACACAAAUUUGAAGAAAUUAAAUUUUGACGUUCUGGGGCCUGUAAAGUCGUUGUCAUCAGUUGGUUUACCAAGGCAAUUAUUGAAAACUAUCAAUGUUACCGAUCUGGUGACUAAGAUACCCGAUUUGCGAGUGGUUGGUAUAGAUUUUAUGGAACUACAAUGUCCAGAUGUUAUAUCUUUUAUGGAUGAACUGAAGAAAAAAGAAGUAAGAGUGAUGCCAAUUAAAAUAGAGGACAUAUGGUACCAUCAUAGGGACAUUGAUAAGCCAUCAAUGUGCUAAUUGCAAGCUGUAUUUAUAGUUUUGCAAUUUUGGUACAGACAUUUUGUUUGAUAAUCACUUAAAAACUUAGUUUUAACAUGUUAAGACAGGUCAAGCCAGGAAGUCUAGUAAAUUAAACAUGCAAAACAAUAUCACUCAUAGUCCAGUCACUCAAGGUUUUUACCUAAGAAUUCUUUAUAACUGAACCGAUUGACGUGAAAUUUUGACUAAAUGUGGGGAAUGCCUCAAGGUACAAAAAUUAU